AUUAAUUCAGCUUCCGAGUAACAGACAAACGGGUUAUGAUAAUCGGGUUGACCUAUAUUCAGUAAAAAAGAAACCCUAGUUUUUUGCCUGUUCGAGAUUAAACGACAGCAAAGAUGAGUUCUACUAAUUCAACCUGGGAUGAAAUCGAUCGCUCCGAAAGCUAUCUCGUGUGCUGUAUGUACGAAGAAGCUGAAUCAUCAUCAGCUUCUCUUCUCAAACAAUUACUAAAAGAAGGAUGUGAUGAAAUUGAAAUUGAUGCUGGUGAGUUUAAUGAUAUGUUGGAAUCAGCUGGUAUGGUGUUCGUUCAAUCCCUCAAUCAGCUCGGGAGGACAUCCGAAAUCCUGAAGGAGCUCAAAAUGUUAUUUGGUUCAGUCAGCAUUAUACCUAUCCAAGUUUUUCUAACAGGGGUCUGUUUUCAGAUGCAAGAAGGCCUUUCUGAUGUUCGAGAAUCUCUUGAGGAAUUUCUUAGCAUGUGGGAAUGUGUUGAUGACGAACACUAUAUUCGUGCCAGUACCGAGAAGGAUCUAGAUAAUUUGGUAGGAUAUGGCGGUCCUGCUUCGAUAGAAGUCGACAAGUAUCUUGAAGUUGUUGAGGUGUAUGUUGUAACACUUCUUGCGGUGCUUCAGAGGGACCUUAACUUUGCCAUAUCUUGGGUUGAGAAAGCUUCAUUACCCGAGCAAAAGCGACAGGAACUCUUAAGACGCCUGAACUCAAUGUAUGCUUAUAAAGCCACCAGCUUGUCACAAGGCAAUUCCUUAAAAGAACAAGAUGUGGACACUAGAUCAGCAAUGGUAUCUGACAACGCAAACUUACGAUCUGUUAGUGACAAUGCUGCCAAAGAAACAAUUAUGAGAUUAUCUAAACAGAGAGUUCCAGGAAUCUCCUGGUUCAGGAAUAUCACUUUGAGGUUUGGCAAUGCAGAGUUGGUUAUAUCAAGUAGAGGUAUCCUACUAGGGUGUCUGAUAUUACUUACAUAUUAUUUUGUCCGGAGAAAGCAGGCUGAUUUAAAAAGGGUUCUAAAAAGACAAGCUCUAAAUGUGAAGAAAGCCGUGACGGACUUGUGGCAGCUUGCAUUUUCAUACCAGGUGAACCCUUUAGCAGCUGUUCAGCCUCUCCCUCCUGCCUCACAUGGAGGCCGAUGACAAAUGUCUUUCGUUCAUUAAGUUUCUUCACAUGAAACCAGAAUCACAUUUCAAGGACAAGAAACUCUGCCGAACAUUUUGUGUACACACCUCCAGACCUGCAAACUUUUUGUUUUUGAAGUCACUAUAUACAGUUCCCCUUGAUUUUUAUAUCAAAUUGAUCUAACAACAAUAAGAUUUGAUACAUUAGUGUACGAUGAAAGAAAUCUGGAAUAAAAUCGCAUGUUUUAUAUUAACA